GGAUUAAUAUAUUAGGUUGUAAAACAAUGUAGCUAGACACUCACAUUGAUUAUCCCAAGUUAGAAGCCAAUUUGAAGCUGAGAAAGGAAUUCAAAAGGAUUUCCAUCUGAUUAGUAUUAUGAGUGACACACAGGAAGAUUUGUUGAAAGUGAAGCUUGAUUGGCUUCAAUGUCACUUCACGUGGACUCCACAGAAAGAAAAUAUCGACUUGGGUGAUAUGAAGCAAAGAUUAGAAGAUUCAAUACAGGCUGGUGUAAAAUAUCAAGCCAGGUCUUACAACCAUCUCGCCUUUAUAAACUGUCUGCAAGGAAACUGUGAAGAGGCAAUUCAGAAUUUAAAGGAAGCUGAAAGGAUUCUGAGAGAGAGACAUGAAGAUGAAUUUGAGAAAAGGAUCUUGGUCACCUAUGGAAACUAUGUCUGGGUUUAUUAUCACAUGGACCGACUGGAGGAGGCUCAGUCCCACCUCGACAAGCUGGAGACGGUCUGUAAACUAUUUCCUGAAGCCUCUCGGUUUACAGCAAUGAUACCUGAGGUUUACGGGGAGAAGGGCUGGUCACUGUUGACUACAGCUGCUCAAUAUUAUGGAGAGGCAAAGGAAUGUUUUACAAAGGCCCUGGAGGAAGAUCCUGACAACAUUGAGUGGAAUGUUGGCUAUGCUACUGUACUGUCCCGUCUGGAAGGAUUUUCUGGGACCCCAGAGAGCUGGAGGCCCAUGGAAUCAGUGACGUGGUUUAGACGUGUGCUGGAGUUGGAUCCUGAUGAUUCUGUAUCCAUGGUGCUGUUGGCUCUCAAACUACAACAAAGCCGGAGAAACAAUGAAGCACUCGCUUUAGUUGAACGAGCAUUGGAGAAGUCCCCUGAUCUCCUUUAUGUGCUUCGAUACGCAGCACAAUUUUACAAAAAUUGCAACAAUGUGGAAAAGGCUGUGGAGCUGUUGAAGAGAGGAUUAGAAAUUAGCCCACACUCCACCUUCAUACAUCAUAAAAUAGGUCAAUGCUACAGAAUCAAAUUGUAUCGAGUGAUCAAGUCUCUGGGCAGUAAAGAUCCUCGCAAUCCGGCAUUUCAGCAGAAAGCUGAGCUGAUUAAUAAAUGCAAGUACCAUUUUGAAAAGUCUUUUGAGAAACGAAUGCUGACAUCUAUUAAGGGCCACCUUGAUUUUGCUGAAAUUUGCUUAUUAAAUGAAGAAUAUGACAAAGCACAGGAAAUCUACAGCCACCUCCUGACACUGGAAGGAAUUCGUCCAGAGAAUAAGCAAGCGAUAUGUUUAGCAGUCGGGUUAUUUGAGCUAAAUCACAAGAAUUCAGAAUCAAACGCCAUUCGACAUUUUCUGGUGGGAAUGAAAGUCAAUUAUGCCUCAGUGGAACAGAAAAGAUGCCGUGAAAACCUGGAGAUGAUAGCAGCAAGACGACUUCGCAGGAAUCCAGGAGACAGUGAGGCCCUUGGAGUUCGGGGAUUCCUAAACCAGCUGGAUGGGGAGAAGAGUAAAGCGAUUGAAUGCUUUGAAAAAGCUUUAGAAUUUGAUCCUGAUAAUGACGAAUAUCUCAGUGCUCUUUGUGAAUUACGCCUUUCCAUCGAGGUCAAAAGCAACCUUCCCAACAAAAACUAAACAACUUUGUGAAAUGCAUUGACUCCCCAAUCUAUAAACACAUUCAAUUGGGGUUCAUUUCUUUUAUAUACCAGAGGAAGCUUCUUCAAAGUAAGCAUUUUAUAUCUGUUUCAUUUUCCAAAAAGCCCUGGACCACACGCAGAACUAACGAAAUCGCAAUAAUUUCCAUAAAAUUAGAGAUUCUGCUGAGCGUGAAUAAGCAUAAAAUAAUAUCAGACAUGGGGAAAUUAGUGUUAACUGAAUGAUAAAGAUCCUGUCUUUAAUUGUGGACUAAAAUGAAAAAUAGAACUACUUCAAAACUAAGGAUUGCUGGAGGAUUGCUGCAUGCUUUGAAGGCAAGUAACCUGUAACUCAUUGUAAAUAAGGAUUAUGCAGCUGCAACAGUUGAAGUGCAGUUUGCAGAUGAGCUGGAAACAAAGGAGGUGUGUACACAAAUGGAGCUUAGGCUGGCAGCAAGUAGCUGAUUGGUUUGUGGACUAGUGAUAAAGGCCUUCUGCCUGCCAACAGCAAUGUGAUUGGUUCUCAGGUAGCUGAAUAGCUUGAAACUAUGAACAAGAACGUGAGAAGAUAUAUUAGCCAAGCCAUAACAAUGCAGUUACACCCCUGGCAUCUACCCAACAAUGUAAAACAUUAUCCAGAUCUACCCUGCAAACAAAAAAAAUGUACAAGUCCAACCACCACCCCAUCUGUCUACUCUUCAUUGUCAAUAAGGUAUCACCAACAUUGCUGUCAAGCAUUACAAGUUUCACAAUAAGCUGCUCACUGAUGCUCAUUCUGCAUUCUGCCAGGGUCACUCAGCUCCUGAUGUCAUUACAGCCUUGGUCCACACAUGGACAAAAGAGCUGAAUUCCAAAUGUGGGCAUCGAUGCAGGAGAUCCUCAGGGAAACGUCUGAGGCCCAAACUUCUACAGCUGCUUCAUCGAUGACCUUUCCUCCAUCACAAUGUCAGAAGUGGGGAUGUUCUUGAUGGCUGCACAAUUUGCAACACAAUUCCCAAUUCCUGAAAUACAGAAAACAGUCCAUGUCCAUACACAGCAACACCUGGGCAAUAUCCAUGAUAAGUGGCAAGUAACGUUAGUGCCAUCCAAGGCCCAAACCCCAAGAAGAGAGAAUCUAACGAUCACCUCUUAAUAGUCAAUGGUAUUACCAUCACUGAAUCUCCGACUGUCAGCAGCCAUGAUGUUGACCAGAAUCUGACCUGGACCAAAGUAAAGAUCACAUCUUUUUAUCUUCCUUUAUUUUGGAUUCUGCGCUGAAACACAGAAAAAAACUGACUUUAAACUAGAACUGUGAAAAGAGUAGCUGCCCUAUUAAAACAAGUUACUGGAGCCCAGUGUGAGUUGUGUUUCCGGGGUUGUUUUCUUCAAGCAGUGGGGGAAGAUAUUUGAGUCUCAGCAACACCAAACUUUGCUCUGAGAGAGACUACUGAUUGGUUUUUUGAUAAGGACCAAUUGUGGAAGUCACUAGUCAUUGCCAUGACAACAACUCUCUGAUUUGCUCCAGGGCAAGUGAUCAGCUUGUGUGUGAACAAUCCAGGGGCAGAAGAUCUGCAGACUGCAAAAGACAGCAUCUCUCCUUUCCUCCAUUGCAGUGAAGAAUUAAACCUUAACAAUAGCUAUUCUCUCCCAGCAAUUGUUGUUUCUAAGUGGGGACUGAGAAAGUGAACAAUGAAUUUGUCAGCCGCGCCUUCUCCCCUCCAGCAUAGAAUUGAAAGCACUUGGAUAUGAAGAUCAGAGUUCAGAAAGUUUUGGAAGAAAUGAAAGAGACACCUCAGCGAAUCAUGUGGACUGGUGCUAUUGAACCAUCCUUCUGAAUAUUUUCUCCUUCACUCAUAACAUUCAUGUUUGCUUGUUUGUUUGUCUGUGCCUAUCUGCAUGUGUAUGUGAUUAGGUUAGGGCUUCAGCUAAUACAGCUCUAUAUCGAUAAUUCAUAUUUGCAUUUGCCUGUAGUUGGAAUUGUUUUAUUUGUAAUAAAUAGUGAUUCUCGUUAAGUA